CGACCCCCAGCCCUGCAGCCGGGGGCACGCAGCUCACAGAAGAAUUAAUUAAAGAAGCAACGCAAAGUUUUGAGGCAAGCAUGCGAGCCAUUAUGCUGCAGCAGCAGAAGGUAGACCAGGUUCAGCAGCUGCAAGGUAUCAACAAUCCUAAUGAACCAGGAGCCAUGUCAGUAAAAUUGGACUUGCAAUCACUCACUUCACAGUUUGCACAGUUUGCUCAAAGUGCAACAAAAGUGGCAAACAACACAAAUAUUCCAAAUGUUGUCAACACAAAUGCUCCAAGUGAUGUUAAUAAUAGUGCUACAGCCACCCCCGGUAGUGCAGCCAACUCCACCACUCCUGCUGCUCAGGACGCAACUCCACAAACCCAAGAGGAAGUUCCUGACUUCCAGAACCUGCUCGCUGAAGCUAUGCAGCAAAUGGCUCAAAACAAGGAGGCUUUCCAGUCGAUGCCAUCAGCGGAUGAGCUGAGCCAGAUGAUGGCCAGCCUCGGUGUGGGGGGCGGAGAGGAUCAGGACACGGAGGCCGCUGGUGGCCUCAUGGGCCUCAUGCAGUCCAUGCUUGAGAACGUCCUCUCCAAAGAGAUCAUUUAUCCUCCUAUUAAGGAAAUUGUCGUCAAGUAUCCUGACUGGCUGGCCGACAACAGGAGCCGUGUAGCAGCAGCAGACUUUGAUCGCUACAGCAGACAGUAUGACGUCAUGAGGGAGAUCGUUGACCUGUUCGAGUCAGAGAGCGAGAGCGACUCUGAUGAAGUCAAAGCCAAGCGCUUUGAAGACCUGGUCGCCCUCAUGCAGAAGGUUGGAGUCUAG